GAAAGAAGUAGGACAGAUCAGCUGUAAACGGAGAAAGGAGUUAGAGAAGAAAGCUUAUUUAAAAAUCAAGGAAAUGAUGUCCUGAAGCAAGCUUCAAGAAUUCUAACCAAUUACCAUGGAUAGUGUAAAGUUGAUAAUGAUCAGUGUGGCAGCUGGAGUGAGAGAUGCUGUUCUAGGAGUGUCAGGUGUUUUACACUUUGAGCGUGCUAAGUGUAAUGUGAAAGAAGUACAAGAAGAAGAAGAUAGUUCUGAAAGUUCAAUGACAACUCUUGCUCGAAGAAGAGUUCAGUCAGGAAAGGUUCGAUCCAAAAAAGAAAAUGAACCAAAUGUAGUAUACAGAAUACUUCAGUGUUGUGCCUUAAAUGGAGGAGUGUUUUGGCUUAGUAUUCUUAUUUUCUACAACGUCCUACUCCCAGGUCUACGUUUACUAAUGGAAGUCAUAUUUGGUGAUAGUACAGGCUUGGCUAGUACAAUGUGGAGCUGGAUGAAACCUAUUCUUUCCUGUACAUUCAGCUGUCUGUGGGUUUUACCAUUAUUUUUACUUAGUCGGAUUGUAAAUGGUUUGUGGUUCCAGGACAUUGCUGAUUCAGCUUAUCGGUAUCGAAGGGGGAGACCACAGCUUUUACCCAGUCUUAGUAAACUAGUUGCUGAUAUGUUGUUCAGUGUGCUUAUACAGGCUUUAUUUCUAAUUCAGAGCAUGGUUGUGAGUCUUCUUCCAAUAACUCCUGUUGGUGAAUUGAUCAGUCUAAUUCAUUUGUGCUUGUUAUACUCACUGUAUGCUUUUGAAUACAGAUGGUUCAAUAUGGGUUGGGAACUUCACAAGCGUUUAUCCUUCAUAGAAAACAACUGGCCGUAUUUUGUAGGUUUUGGACUUCCUCUAGCCCUACUGACGUCUUGGCCGUCAUCAUACAUUGUCAGUGGCUGUGUUUUCUCUAUAUUGUUUCCUCUUUUGAUAAUCAGUGGUAAUGAGGCAACUCCUCUCACUGGUGCUUGUGAGCGACCGUUACAGCUCUUUUCUUUUGUUGUGUGGAUAUCAAAUUCAUUUUUUCACCAAACUCUGAGACCUAUUACUCAAAAGAAAUCUUUGCUAGAAAGCCAUGAAUCUAAACACCCAGGGUCUUCAAGUAGCAUUAUUCGUCAUCACAGUAGAAGUACUUCAUCUUCAUCGUCUAAACGAAGGCAUUCUAAAAGGGGUGAUACUUCAAGAUGAAAAAUAAUGUUUGUGUGGGUAGUGGCUUUUAUUAAUAUUCAUGACAACUGUGGGAGAGAAUUUUUAGAUGAAAAAUGAAGUCAGAUUUUAUCCAUGUAAAAAUGUAACUGUAAAGUUUUUCAAAUUCUGAUUAUUUGUUCAUUUAAAAACUGUGGCAAUUUAAUGUAUGAUUGUAGGUGGAAUGUACAAAACAAAGUUAUUCAUCUUUAGCUGAUCUGAAGUGUGAAUAUUCAAUACAUACAUGAAAUAUGCUGGCUUUUUUCAUUUAAUUAGUUCCUCUCUUAUAAUGACCAAUACACCUUAUCAAGUUUAAAGUAACUCAAACAAGUGUUCUGGUAUGUUAAGCUGAGUUUCUUUUCAUAAAUUAAUGAAAAUAUGUAUUUUUCUAGCCAAAUGUAGCAAAACUAGUAAAAAUAUAGAAACUGGUGUGAAUAGUUUGAGUACUCGAAAUUUGUUUUCUUAGAAAGAUUAAGAUAACUUUUGUGUUUUCAUUUAAGCUUCAGAAGUAUGCUGUAAUUAUGUAAGACAGCUAUAUUCUGUUGUACUUAAACAAUUUUGUUAUAAUGUAUCUUAUAUUCAAAGUGUUUUAUCAAGCCUAACAGGAUAACACAUAGAUCUGAAUACUGUUUAUUUCCAGCCUUUACAGAAAGCAAGAUUUUAUAGAUUUUUAUUAUAAUGAUGUAUUUCAAGUAUGUAUCAUUUUUAGUUCUCUUAUCAGUUUUAUCAGUAGCUAAAAGUUUAAUUGUUUUAUAUUUAAUUGCGUGUUCUGGUAUCUCAUGUAUUCAGUUUCUAGAAUUGUAAUAAUUUCUCAGAAAUGCUUAUACACAUACAUAUUAUUAAUAUAGUACAUAUAUUAUUUAGCACAAGAUAAUGGUAUGAUUAUUUCAGUUACCGUAUUUGCUGGUGUAUAAGGUGACCCUAGAUGUUUUGAGCAAAUUAAGUGUAUUUAUUUGAGGUUUGUCUUGUAUUGGCAAAAUAACAUUUAACAGAAUCAGCAAGAUGUGUGCUGAAAGAAUCCGACACAAGAAGACUUUUUCUCUGCCAAGUACCACUAGGCCUCUUGUUCCAAACUCUUCAUAUCCACAACUUUUACCAUUUUCGUCCAUUCAACAUUUUAGAUGCAGAUGCACAACACCACCAUUUGGAAAUUUUUCUUUAGGUACUGUCUUCCUCUUAAAAAUAAUCAUAGGCUUCAGUCUAGUUCCAUCAGUCAAACAUGCAAGAACCACUGUAAACCUCAAUUUCUGGCAUCCAAUUGUCUUGACAAAUACUGUUUUUGCUCAUUUUUAUUUACUGUUCAUGGUGAUGAUAUAUCAAACCAAACAGGUGUUUCAUCCAUAUUCCCUAUUGUGCAUAGUUCAAAGCUAUAUUGUUUUCAUUUCUUAAUCAAUUUUGUCACCUUUCCUUGAAGAUCCUUGGGUAAUUUUUGAGAUAUCUUAGUCUUUUGCUUCAAUUUUAGACUGCUUGUGUUUGUAAAUCUUCUGCACCAACUCGUUCCACCUCUACAAUUGUUUAUGUCUUUUUUUGCAUAAAUGAUUCAAGUGAAUAAGGUUUCUUACCACCACAUAUAUCCACAUUUUCUUUGAUCUUCCACCCAAAUACACAACUGCUCUUCCAGAUCCAGCCAUGCAUGCAUGCAUGCUUCUUUUCUCAACUGGCACAUUUGUUUUAAUGCAUUUUUUGGAGUUCUUCCUUCGAUUUUCCUCAAGAUCAUACCUUAUUUUCUGUAAUGCCAUGUUGGCAGGCCACUUCAAAGUUGGUGGUGCUUUUAGCAUGGGCAAUAACUUUCAGUUUAAAUUUGACAAGGUAACUGGCUCUUCGUCAUUUUUCCAUCAGGGUGUUUCUUUACAAAGAAAGGAAGAAACUUGUGUACAUGGGAUGAUAAAAAUUGAAAUACUACUUAAUAUUAGCAACAUUUUAGUAUGACAGAUGAGAUCAAUACAUUUCAAAUAAAAAAUGUCCUGAUUGAUUGUAACUAACGUGCAAGAUAAAUAACUUCUAGUUAGGAAGAAUCAAGACAAAUGAUACAGUUACGAAUAUGUUAUUAUAACGUAGUAGGUGGCACAGUGUCAACACACUUACUCAAAAAAGCAAACAAAAGUAAAAGUUACAACAUAGUUUUGGUUAAAUGUGCUAUUAACAUAAGAAUUCUUACCAGAACUGUAUUUUUGAACCUGUGUACAAGAUGAGGGGUAAAAUCAGACAUUUUUUUUUAUGAGUAAAAAGUAUCUUAUACACUGGAAUAUAUGGUAAUUUCUAAUUUCACAUAGCAGUAGAAUGUAUAAUGCAAAUAGUGAAUAGAAAAUUUUCUUUCUUUCAUUGAAGUGAACUAUCACUUGAUAUCUAAAUAUAGAUAUUUUUUAGUUUGUUCUUUAUCACCAUUUAUCUAAGAAAAUGAACACCAUAAAAAAACAUUGUAUUUACAUUGCUGGUUACCAUUAUUUUUUUUUUACCAGACAUGUGUGUAGGUUUGUUUGAAGUUGAGGCUCAUUAUUUAUUGCUUUCUCUUGGAAAAAUUAUUUUGAUAAAUGGUGAGUUGAUUUAGAGCUACUCUCUUCUUCGAAAAAUGCAUGCAUCUUUGGUUUUGACUUUUUUUUUUAACCUGAGUUGAUUCACAAUCAUCCUUCUCUCUUUCUGUGUGUAUUGUUAAAUUUAGAACGUAUUAAUCUGUAGUGAUAAUCAGAAACUAAAAUGCUCAUGUGUUAGGCAUAUGGUUAUUUAAUUAGUCUUUAAGCUUUUUUUAAUAAUGUAUGCUAUGGUGCUAUGGUCUUUUUACACCCUCAUGUGUGAACAUAAAAUACAUUUUUAUAAAACAAAUGUAUCUUACAAAACAAAUGUUCAUGUAAUAUGCUUCUUAUUUAUGUUUUGGGUACUUUUUCUGAUACCUUUAUGAGUAUUUGAAGGGACAUAUAUAUAUAUAUCACUAUGAAUGAAUUUUAAUUUUCAAGGCUUUCUAAUUAAUUCAAAGGUUCACUUUAAAUACUAAAAAUACCACAACUUAGCACCAACAUUAGCUAGAUUUAAUAUAUAACAAAAUUUCUUAAAUAGUAAUAACUACAUUUGCCAAAUGUGAUAGGCAUUGUGCAUGAAACUUUAAAUGUGAUGGUUCUGCUUCAGUACUUGGUAAUUUUACUAAGUAGGCCCAACCUCACCUGGUGUUCUUUGGUUAAGGGCCAAAAACAUCACUAUCAGUGAAGGUAUCUAACUGAUGACCUUGGUCAAAGUGAUCAUAGAAGAUUUUUUUAGUUUGUCCAUUACUCAUAAUUAAAGUCUAUUUAUUAUUAAUAAUAGUUAUUACUGUAGAAGUUAUUAUAUAAUACACCUCAUGCCUAGACAACACUGAUGGACACUGAAGUGAAAAGGCAAUUGUUUAGUGCAAAAAGUUCUUGUUAAAAGUUAAGAAUAGGAAGAAUUGGAAUUACUGAAUGAAAUAGAAGUACUCAGAGUAGCCUGUGUCCAUAAUUAAAGUUACAGUGAUUACAAAUUCUCUGAAAAGAUAAGAAUAAAAAUUUUCAGUGUUUUGUCCAAAUGAUUAUCAUUGGGUUUCUAAGUGAGAGGGAACCUAAUUAAGCUAAGAUAUUUUGCCUUAUGUUGAAAUAAAAGCAUAUAUUCAAGAAUAGUUGGUGAAGGUUUUCUGACUGAAAUGGUUACCUAGUCACAAGUAAAGACAUUUUGCAUUAUGUGAUUGCCCAUCAGAAGCCAGCAUUAAAAAUAGUAUUCCCUGUCCUGUGCAAUAAGAACUAGUUAUUUUGGUCCAACGUAUAAGAUUAGGAGAGAGCUUCAUACGAGUAUCAUGUGUGAUACUUAAAGUGCAUGUGAAUAAGGAAAUAAUGAUAGGUUAAGUUACUUUCGCUCAUGAGAAAAUGUAAACCUAGGACUCUCUAUUCCGUUCUCUUUAUAUAAUACUAGAAGGAUGUGCUUCACUCUUACGUAAUUGGGUAAGUAAUGAAAUAAGCAUAUCCAUAAAAACCAGUAAAUGAUGUAAAACAGGGAAAGGGUUAAACAAACUCUACAUAGAAUAAAAUACAUAUGUGAAAAUUAUUAUAAUUUUUACAUUAACACGACACAUUUUGAUAGAAGUCCCAUGUGCCUUGACUAAAGUAAAGGUUGGAUCAGUACAGUGAAAUAACACUGAAUUUUAAUGUUUUAAGUCACAUGUAUUUUGUUUGUAAUGCACCUGCAUGCAAGUUGGAAAUUUGAACAAAUAUUGGAUGAGGAGUCAGCUGUUUCUGAAACAAAAUCUGAGGUUACUGCAUUAGAUGUAUAUGUGCACUUAAACAUACAUACAUACAUGUUUGAUUUACUUACUAUGGCUGAAAGACUGUGUACUUGUGAGUCUUACACUUUUAUUUUAAAAUAUAAUCUCGUACAGUAUUAAUGUUUGAUAAUCUGUAUAAUCCACUUGCAGUAGCUAGGGUUGUAGUGGUUAUAUUGCCUGAAAUUGCAGUAUCAAGCAGACCAUUAUUGCAUGAAUUAUAUCAGCAACUGUUAAUGUUACAUCAUAUGUACAUCAUGUAU